UGUAAAUAGCUUUUUAAUAAAAAUAUUGCUUUUUUUAUACAGCAACAACACAUAACUGAAUAAAGCUACGAGCAAACUAUAGAAAAAGGAACUGUAAUCUCUUACAAUCCAUGAAUACAACAUCCCUCCAGGAAUAAAAAUAUACUGUAGGCUUGAUAUAAGCAAACCUCUGGACUGAAGGUGGAGACAGAGGCAAACUGGACAGAACAAGACUAGGACAAGUACGUUGUCAGACAAAACAGGCUUGGGCUGGAGCUAAAGGCUCUGCAUGCAUUUGUACUCCAGAAGGGGUUAAUGGUGGAAUUGAAGGUUGCACCAGGUUCUGCCCACUAGUAGGGGCUAAAACAGGAACUGAAGACUCCACCACUGUAUAACAUAGUGUAGUGUUAUAUUGUAAAAUGAGAGUAAAUCUUACUCUGAUUAAUUAUUCUAUAAUUCUAAAGAAUAUAAAAUAUAUGUUUCUAUACAGUGUUUUUCAGUCCUGGAGCAUCAGCUGCACAUUUAUCACCUUUACUUGUCACCCAAUUCAGUUCAUAUACUCUUAAACAUAAAGGUGCUUAAAAGGUUCUUCACAGCGAUGCCAUAGAUAGAAGAACCAUUUUUGGUUCCACAAAGAACCAUCUCUUUCUUGCCUUUUUAUAAUCUUCUUAUGCCACAAAGAACCUUUUGUGAAACAGAAAGGUUCUUCAGAUGUUAAAGGUUCUUUAUGGAACAAUUUAGACAAAAAGGUUCUUCUAUGGCAUCGUGAAGCACCUUUAUUUUUAAGAGUGUAGAUGUUGAGCUGCAUGAUUCCUGCAUGAUAAAAAAAUAUUAAUGGGGAAUUAGCCUUUAUUGAAGCAGAAUGAUAUUAAAGUGCAUAUUGCAGGUUAAAAAAUUUUUUUAAAUGAAUAUAUAACCUUGUAUGAAAAUAUCAUAUGAACCGUUAUUGCAGGGUUUGAAAAUGUUUUACAAGGCAUGAAGGCACAAAUUUAGAAGAAAAAGUGACGCAUUCCUUGACCGUUCUGAAAAAGCGUUUUUUUUUUUCAACAUCGCGUCAUAUUACGUCACGAGAGGGAGUCGUGUGCCACGCGCUGUUGGUGUUCAGUGGAGCGGGCGCGAGUCAGUAUAUUUUAGGUACUUAUUUUUUUCGGUUUAUCAUCGUAAUGGUAAAUUAUUGUGUUUGUGGAGGUUGCACAAACUCCAGUCCAGCCUGUCAGGACAUCGAGUCCACAAGGUUUCCUGACAAGAAAUAGGACGGUGUCUUCCGAGACUCGGUGCGUUUGUGCAGCUGAAGAGACUUAAUGCAUCUGCUUCAAACAACGCGGUGGUGUGUAAUUUAGCGAUCACUGUAUACCGGAAGAUUAUCAUUCCGGCGAUAUGAUGCAGUUCAGCAUGGGAUAUCGAAGCAAGAAGCGGGUGAGACUCCGAGCUGGUGCGAUUCCUUCACCGGGUCCCGGUCCGCCUGUGUUCGGCCGCCGGCGGAGACAUGAUGCUCACGGAUCCGUCAGAGAUGCUGCUCCACGAAAAUCAACUGUGCACCGCUUUGGAAGACGGGAGUGUGAAGAUCUGAAGCAGUGGAGGCCAGCUGUUAUGAACCACCUCUACUGGACUGCAGCUUCCGCUCCUGAUGGAGAUGCAGAUGUGAUGGAGGCCGAGUGGAGAAGCAUGGUCAGCAGUGAAUGUGAUCUAAACGUUUGCUUGCUUCUCCCAGCAUAUGCAUCAGGCCUCAUGGAGUCUCUGAGAGUGUUAUACUACAGGUCACCACAGGCUCCACGACAACACAGCACUGUCUGUCUUCCACUACACCUGCUCCUCUUUCCAGAUCCCUCUAGAGCAGUGGUUUUCAAACUUUUUUCAGAGCGACCCUAUUUUUUUCUUUUUAAAUUGACACGACCCAUAUAUAUAUAUAAGAAGGAUGGAUGGAUGGAAGGAAGGAAAGACAACUGCACUACAGAACGAUCUCGGAAGGAUGCUCUGUUCCAAAAUCAAAUCAUUGUCGGUGCUUCUGAAAUUAGUGAGGGUGCUUUGCCUUCAUACACAUCUAUUCUGACAUAUCAUAUUUUGUCCAGUCCAUAGUUAUGAUUAUCACAAUGUCAUUGCGAUUUUGAGAGAAUAUGCGGAUAUCACUUCCGAAAGUUUGUUGCAACUUAGUAAGCCACAUUGGUCCUCUUAGCAGCAUGAAAAAUGAAACUUUUAUUCAAAUUCUGAAUUGAGGCUAUAUACAGCAAAGAAAGUGCGCAAAGUGCUGUCACUCAUUUCAGUUUAUCGCGAUCUCUAAUGAGUGAAUCUGUCAACACGGCACAAUUAAUCUCUUAUUUACAUCACCUACACUUUGUUCAUUAUAAUCAGAGGAUUCGCGUCGCGAGCUUCCAGAUCUCUGGACUGAACAAGAACACUCGCGUUCUGAGCGGUGAGUGGAUUCUGACUCACUAAAGCUCCUCUGAUUGGCCAUUGUGUUAUAGAAAUCAACAGAUAUGUCCCUGAUUUGCUACAAUGUACAACGCUGCAAAAACAGAGCGCAAACACAAAUACAAAUUUGAUUCUGACCUGAGGUGGCUGCCGGUUACUUUUGUUUUGUUGUUUAUGCUAUUUAGUUGCUUCUACAUACGUUUUCCUUAAAUCAUCCUGGCGACCCAUUUUUUAAGUCUCGCGACCCACCCGAGGGUCACGACCCAGGGUUUGAAAACCACUGCUCUAGAGGAUCAACAAGAUGAGGCUGUUGGAUUGUGUAUCUAGCACAGCAUUCACGAUUUAACACACUUCAACAACACAUUAGUGUGAUACCCAGACUGAAAGAUUGUUAAAUGUUUUUAAAUGGGUUCGAUGGUAUAUUUUUCUUUCGGUAGUAUAUGUUUGAUGCACACACAUAUAUGUAUAUGUAUGUAUGUUAAUUAACAGUUGCAAUGUUGUGUUUUUAGUUGGGUAUUAACAGUGCUAUGAAAUAACAUUUAUGAUUUAGUGCUGUAUAAAUAAAACUGAAUUGAAUUAACCAUAAAUGCAGAUCUGCUUGAUAUAUAUCUAAUGUAAACUUCAUAAACAAGUUUUUAUACAAUAAGACAAUUUGUGAUUGUGAUUUUUUUAUUGAUGGUCAACAAAAUGGGGCCAUUCAAAACCUUUAUAAAGUCCUUCUUCCUCUGUAAACUGUCUUCUAAUGUCUGACUCAACACAUGCAGGUAAGGGCUGCUCAGAGCACCACAGGCCCAGCGGACAACUUGUCUGUAUGCUGUCAAUAUUGACUGUCUUAUACCAAUGGCAUCAAAAAGUGUGACUUACAGGUAGUUGUGACCUACUUAAAUAUAGGCAACUUGUAAUUGAAGAAGACACAAUUAUUCAGAUAGUUUUAAAAUGGUUUUCAAAUCUUUAAUAUACUAUGCAUGUAUACAUACAAGUAUUUAGCUCAGAGUAAUAAAUGAUCUCUGCCCUAAACACACUAAUGUCUGCUGGCCUGGAGAGGUCCAUGCUCCUGUCUGAAGUGCAUAUAGGUUAUCUGUAGCACAUAUGGGUUCAGACAGCAAGCCUCAAAGCCUGGGUGCAGAGUCGGACACUACACAUCAAGUGUGGGGGUCACAUUCUCCACUAAAGCC